UUCUCUGCACAAUCAAAACAAAUUCUCAAAUAUAAGAACAUAUACUGCUCCAUUAUACUGAUCAUGGCUUUCUCACUAGGUUCUAGCGGUCUUAUAGGUUCUAAACUAGCAUUAAGAAGUAAUUCCUUUAAGCGUCAAAAGUCCUUCAAGAUGAUUUCAUGCAGAGUUGCUAGCAAAGCCGGCAGCGGGGGUAAAAAUUUGUACAAGGUUCUUUCUCUUAGUAAUGAAAAUGUAAGUGGUAUUGAUAUAAAGAGAGCUUACAGAACUAUGGCACUUCAGUACCACCCAGAUGUUUGUCCCCCUUCAAGGAAAGAUGAGUCGUCUCGGGUUUUCGUUGAGCUUCACAAGGCGUAUAAGAUUCUUUCAGAUCCUAUUUCACGCAGGAAAUAUGAUCUUGAGUUGGGUUUGAACAAAUACGAUCAAAGAAUGAGAUACAAUACCGAUGAAGGUGGAUAUGAUGGUAGUGGAAUUUCAUGAGAUAAGUGGAUAGAACAGCUUUACGAGUUGAAGAAAAGGUCACAGCAUCGUAUGUCCAGGAAUCAGGGGGUGUCACGCAAGUGCUAAUACAAAGCUAAUUAUCCAAAACACUAAUUAUUCUUUCACUUACAUUUUGAUGUGUUGGUUUAUUUAGUCUAUUCCACAGUAUUUGUGUGUUUGAUAUUCUCAUGUAAUGGUGUUUGUUCUCUAUUUGGUGUACACAAAUUCUUUUCAAAUACAAAAAAUAGAUUUUA